UUGUAACGCUGCCUUAAAUUGACUGAAUACAUAUAUUUUUUAUUUAUUUAUUUUGGUGGUACAUAAAAUGAAUAUCUUACCUUGUCAUAGCCGUUACUCCGUACUAUAUAUAUAGCUGAUCAUCCAAAGUUGGUAAUCAUCAAAUCAUUACUUAAUCAAAUAAAGAACACGAGAGUAACAAAAUUUAAUAAACAAGAAAAAGAGAGAAAAUUAAUAAAAAUGGCCCCCACAUCAGCAUUUGUAACACCUUCAACGUUAGCCAAAGAAACCACAUUAAAAGAUGGUUACAUUAUAGAUGAGAGGGAUAAGGCUAAGGUUGCUCAUAAUGAGUUUAGUGAUGACAUUCCGGUGAUCUCGCUAGCCGGAAUCGACGAGGAGCAUCCCGGAGGUAGAAGAGAGGCAAUCCUGAAGAAAGUUGUCGAGGCGUGCGAGGAAUGGGGGAUCUUUCAAUUGGUUGAUCAUGGUAUUGAUGUUGAGCUCAUCAAUGAAAUGACAAAGUAUACUAAGGAGUUUUUUGCUCUUCCUGAUGAAGAGAAGCUCAAGUAUGAGAUGUCUCCUGGAAAGCAUAAGGGUGGUUUCCUUAUCUCUAGUCAUCUCACGGGGGAGGCAGUGGCAAAUUGGCGUGAGCUAGUGCUCUUCUUCACAUAUCCGGUACAAGGGCGAGACUACUCAAGAUGGCCUAGCAAACCUGAGCAAUGGAAGGCCAUGGUUGAAGCCUACGGCGAAAAUAUGAUGAACUUGUCCUGCAAGAUGUUCGAGCUCUUGUCCGAGGGUUUGGGGUUAGACAAAGAUGCCUAUGCAAAGUCAAUGGGUGAUAUUAGCCAGCAUUUGGUGGUUAACCAUUACCCUAAGUGCCCACAACCCGAGCUAGCUGUCGGUCUUAAGCGACACACCGAUCCAAGCUCCAUUACCUUGCUCCUCCAAGACCAUGUUGGUGGGUUACAAGCUACAAAAGAUGGUGGCAAAACUUGGGUCACCGUUCGACCUAUCAAAAAUGCUUUGGUCCUUAACCUUGGUGAUCAUGCCUAUUUCAUGAGCAAUGGAAGAUUCAAGAGUGCCGAUCAUCAAGCAAUCGUGAACUCGAUCGAGACACGAACGUCGAUAGCAGUAUUCAUGAAUCCAGCACAAGAUGCAAAGGUUUAUCCGCUCAACGUAAAAGAGGGAGAGAAGGCAGUGUUGGAAGAGCCUAUCACGUAUGCUGAGAUGAAUAACAGGCACAAGAAUAGGUAUCUCGAAAUCGUUCGACUAAAGAAAUUGGCUAAGGAAGAAAAUUGGUCACAAGAAGAGCUUGAUCUCAAGCUUAGCCAGCUUAAUUAAAUCGAUUUAAUUCAGCUUGAUCUAAUCGUGCAAAUAUAUUAUUGUUCAAUGUGAAUAAUUGAGACAAUAUGUCCAAGAAAUUGAUUAUUAUUAAGGGAAAUUACCAUUAAAGUUUGCAAAUAAAACAAAGUUCCAGAUCGAAGUUUUUUUUUUUUUUUUUUCUUUUUUUUUAACCCCCUCUCUUUAUGGUUUUAUAGGUUAGCUCAUUGAAUCAUUCAUUAUGUAGUAAUAUUGGCUUUUAAAAAGUGCAUAGUAUUAAAAUUUUGCAAAUGUGAGAUAUUGUUUAUAUUUUGUGUAAAUGUAAGUACAUAUGAUUU